AUGGCCCCGCAAAGCUUUACGAAUAGGCUUGCGAUGAUCAAGUCACCGUCUGUGCCGAAUUUCGCGGGCUCGGACCCCCGUUCGAAGAAGGUGGAGUGCGAUCAUAUUAGUGACCCACGAUUGCUCAGCGCGCUGACUCUCGAGCUAAGUGACGCCAGAAACAGUGCAGUGCUCUCCAAUUUGCAGAUUGGCAAGGACCACUUGGAAUCGAGGGAUAAUAGCAGCUCGAAUUUGAGCGUUUUGGACUUGUACAACGACAACAUCGAUGACGAUGACGUGAAUCUCCCAGGGGGCAAGGAAGGCAGUAGCGGAAGCAUUGGAAGUGAAAUAAACCUUUUGGGGCAUGAGCUGAACUUGCUGUCUACGACGCCCGAGGUUGAUCCGGAUGAUGCUGAUUCAGACAAUCAUCGUGAUGAUGAGGAUGAUGAUGGUGAUGACAAUUCAAUUGAUCAAAAUCGACCGAAGGAGACGCCGCAUGUCAAUGAAAGUUCUAAGGUGUCCGGAAGUAGAGAAAUUUCCCUCGAAGAUCAAUAUGAUGAAUACGGUUUCAAGAAGCAAUCCAAUUAUGCAGAUACCGAGGUGUAUAAUAGAUGGUCUCAAGAGUAUUCCGAGUGCUGCUCACGAAGGAGAUUCAAGUGGAGGCAACUCAUGCAGAAGCACAGAAUUUCCACGGAUGGUAGUAGUGUUCCUCUUGUGUUCCCGCCAAAGAAUGAGAAAUUGAAGAGGUAUGUGAGGAAGGGUAUACCUGCAGAGUGGAGAGGCACCGCUUGGUGGUAUUUUGCCGGGGGACAGGAAACUUUGGAUGCGAAUAUUGGUGUAUACGAUAAGCUCGUCAAGAAAGUGGAAAAGAUCCAGCGAGGACACAAGGCGGAGAAGUACAGCAAAGUUCUGUCAGAUAUGGAGAUUAUCGAAAGAGACCUGAAUAGAACUUUCCCGGAUAAUGUGCACUUCCAGAAAAAUGAUACGAGCUCUGGAGAGGAGCCCGAAAUGAUAACCUCUUUGAGAAGAAUCCUUGUGGGGUUUUCCAUCUACAACCCGAAGAUUGGAUACUGUCAAUCUAUGAACUUCCUUGCCGGUUUGCUCCUCCUGUUCCUCAGGGAGGAAAAAGUGUUUUGGAUGUUGGUGAUCAUAACGUCGCGUUACUUGCCGGGUGUCCACAAUGUUAACUUAGAAGGUGUAAACGUUGACCAAGGUGUUUUGCUUCUCUGCGUUAAGGAGUACAUACCAGAGCUGUGGGCCCAAAUAAAGCCCACAUGCGAACAAACAGUGCUAUCCACGAGGGGCAAACGCCCCGUUAAGAAUGAAUUUUUGUACAGACUACCCCCGAUCACAUUGUGCACAGCAAGUUGGUUCAUGAGCUGUUUCAUAGGCGUGGUCCCCAUUGAAACCACGCUGAGGAUAUGGGAUUGCAUGUUCUACGAGGGGUCGCAUUUCCUGUUCAAGAUCUCGUUGGGGAUACUGAAACUGAGCGAGCAUAAACUGAACAUGAACAAGCAUAGGGGCCGCGGUUCCCCACUAAACAAAUUCUAUCAGCAUGGUGACUCCAGUAGUGGCGAAAGGGUCGACCGCCUUUACGGAGAGGAUGAAUCGGAUAUAGAGAUGUUUCAAGUGAUUCAAUCGUUCCCCAAAUCGUUCAUAGACGUCAACGAUCUUUUUGACAGGACUAUAUUCAAAAAGAGGGCGUCAUUUAACAACCUGGACCAGGAAGAAAUAGACAGGUGCAGAAAAUACGUUCAGACGCAGAGAAACAAGUACAAGGAAUUUGUAGAACAUAAGGAUGUGAGGGGCGGCGAUUCAAGGCAGAUCGGCGAGCAGACCCGAGCGACAAGUGUGAGCAACGCACCAAAGUCAAAGGGCGUGGUACCAUCUACGGCGCCGUCGUCACCUAGUUUGAGGAAACAGCACGGUAAGAGUGGCACGCUUCGAGACGACACAGAUCUGAGGACGGUGCUUGGGAGGGAGGAUUACGGGUUCAAGAGAAGUCUCACGAACGGCAACUGGAAUAACGGGCUCAAACAGAAAAUGAGACAGAUGCGCAAGAAGAGGGAUAAGUGA